AUGAAGCUCUCCAUUACGGUUCUUUCUCUAUUUCUCGCGGCUUCAAUGGCUAUGCCGGCUCCUUCGAACCAGAUCCGCGAUGGAAUUCAGUUUGACAGUGAGCAUGGUUUACUGAGUGACAUACCUGGUUUGCUAAAGACAGCAAAGGACAGUGUCCAUAUUGCUGAUAGCAAGCCGGCCGCGCCGGAAGGUCCCACGACAGCGGGCAAAUAG